AUGGCUCGCACGAAGCAGACUGCGCGAAAGUCAACGGGUGGCAAAGCUCCUCGCAAACAGAUAGCUAUCAAGGUGGGCCGUAAGACAGCGCCAGCCACCGGGGGCUUGAAGAAGCCGCAUCGUUACCGGCCUGGUACUGUCGCCCUGCGCGAGAUCCGCCGCUAUCAGAAGUCCACUGAGCUGCUGAUCCGCAAGCUCCCGUUCCAGCGCCUGGUGCGCGAGAUUGCUCAGGACUUCCACAUUACCCUUCGUUUCCAGAGUUCGGCAGUGAUGGCGCUGCAAGAGUCCUGCGAGUCCUACCUAGUGGGGCUCUUCGAGGACACCAAUCUAUGUGCCAUCCAUGCUAAGCGCGUUACCAUCAUGCCCAAGGACAUCCAGCUCGCGCGCCGCCUCCGUGGAGAGCGGACCUAG